AGCGCCCGUCUCGCCGGCUAGGCAGCGGCGUCCCGCGGGGCUGCACCCUGAACGCGGAGAUCCGAGCGCCCCCGCCCGGAGCCUGGGCCGGCGCGCUCGUGGACUGGCUGGUACCUGGAGGGCAGGGCUGGGCCGUUCCCGCGCACACCCCUCGCGGAAGGACGACGGGACGAGCCCGCGCAGCGGUGCAGCGGCGGGAGGAAAGGGAGCCUGCCUCUCCUUUUCCUCCUGUGGGUACGAGGCGGGCGCACCUUCCAACAGCUCCGAAGCCCCGGGGAGAAUACCCUGAACUCCCGUCCCUGACAAGGGUUUCGGUGCCGCAGGUCCCCUCCGUGGGGAGCCUGGGACCCGGCGUGCGCGCGCAGGAGCUCCCUCUCCAGCUCCGGGGGCGCUUCGCCAGGAGGGAGUUUCCGCCUCGGGGACCGAGGGGCUGGAGAAGCCUUCUUGGAGUGACACCCCCGCGACACGCCCCGAUUUCGCCGAAGGAGCUGAAGGCUACUGGACACCUGGACUUCUCGCCUCCCCCGCGCGCCCUCUCCGCCCCCCGGCGCGCAGCUCGCGGGCCGCCGGGCGCCCCGUCGGGGGCGGCUCCCUCCUCGAAAGCGGCCGGCGCGCAUGAGGCCGCGGCCCCCUCCGCCGGGGCCCCCCUCGCGGUGCCCGCGGUGAUGCCAUGCCCCGCCAGCACGCGGGCGGCGAGGAGGGCGGCGCCGCCGGGCUCUGGGUGAGGAGCGGCGCGCCGGCGGCGGCGGCGGCGGGCGGGGGGCGCACGGGCGGCGGCAUGAAGGAUGUGGAGUCGGGCCGGGCUAGGGCGCUGCUGAACUCGGCGGCCGCCGGCGGCGACGGGCUGCUGCUGCUGGGCACCCGCGCGGCGGCGCUGGGUGGCGGCGGCCUGCGGGAGAGCCGGCGGGGCAAGCAGGGCGCCCGGAUGAGCCUGCUCGGGAAGCCGCUCUCCUACACCAGCGGCCAAAGCUGCCGGCGCAACGUCAAGUACCGGCGGCUGCAGAACUACCUGUACAACGUGCUGGAGAGGCCGCGCGGCUGGGCGUUCGUCUACCACGCGUUCGUUUUUCUCCUCGUCUUUGGUUGCUUGAUUUUGUCAGUGUUUUCCACCAUCCCUGAGCACACCAAAUUGGCUUCAAGUUGCCUCUUGAUUCUGGAAUUCGUGAUGAUCGUCGUCUUUGGUUUGGAGUUCAUCAUUCGAAUCUGGUCUGCAGGCUGCUGCUGCCGGUACCGCGGAUGGCAGGGAAGACUGAGAUUCGCUCGAAAGCCCUUCUGUGUCAUAGAUACCAUUGUCCUCAUCGCCUCCAUAGCGGUCGUUUCUGCCAAAACUCAGGGUAACAUCUUCGCCACGUCGGCACUGCGCAGCCUGCGCUUCCUGCAGAUCCUGCGCAUGGUGCGUAUGGACCGGCGCGGCGGCACCUGGAAGCUGCUGGGCUCCGUGGUCUACGCGCACAGCAAGGAAUUAAUCACAGCUUGGUACAUAGGAUUUUUGGUUCUGAUUUUUUCGUCUUUCCUUGUCUAUCUGGUGGAAAAGGAUGCUAAUAAGGAGUUCUCUACGUACGCAGAUGCUCUCUGGUGGGGCACGAUAACAUUGACCACGAUCGGUUAUGGAGACAAAACCCCCCUGACGUGGCUGGGAAGGCUGCUGUCAGCAGGCUUCGCACUCCUGGGCAUUUCUUUUUUUGCACUUCCUGCUGGCAUUCUUGGCUCAGGUUUUGCAUUAAAAGUACAAGAACAGCACCGCCAGAAACAUUUUGAGAAAAGACGGAAUCCAGCUGCCAACCUCAUUCAGUGCGUUUGGCGUAGUUACGCAGCCGAUGAGAAAUCUGUCUCCGUUGCAACCUGGAAGCCGCACCUGAAGGCCUUGCACACCUGCAGCCCCACCAAGAAAGAGCAAGGGGAAGCUUCAAGCAGCCAGAAGCUCAGCUUUAAGGAGCGCGUGCGCAUGGCCAGCCCUCGGGGCCAGAGUGUCAAGAGCAGGCAGGCGUCGCUGGGCGACAGGCGGUCCCCCAGCACGGACAUCACGGCUGAGGGCAGCCCCACCAAAGUGCAGAAGAGCUGGAGCUUCAACGACCGCACGCGUUUCCGGCCCUCCCUGCGCCUGAAGAGCUCGCAGCCCAAGCCAGUGGUGGACGCUGACACAGCACUUGGCACCGAUGAUGUGUACGAUGACAAAGGAUGCCAGUGCGACGUGUCCGUGGAGGACCUCACCCCACCGCUGAAAACCGUCAUUCGGGCAAUCAGAAUUAUGAAGUUUCAUGUUGCAAAACGGAAGUUUAAGGAAACACUGCGCCCAUACGAUGUAAAAGAUGUCAUCGAACAAUACUCUGCUGGUCACCUGGACAUGCUGUGCAGGAUUAAAAGCCUGCAGACACGUGUGGAUCAAAUUCUUGGAAAAGGACAAAUCACGUCAGACAAGAAGAGCAGAGAGAAAAUAACCGCAGAACAUGAGGCCACGGACGACCUCAGUAUGCUCGGCCGGGUGGUCAAAGUUGAAAAACAGGUCCAGUCCAUCGAGGCCAAGCUGGACUGCCUGCUGGACAUCUACCAGCAGGUGCUGCGGAAAGGCUCAGCUCCGACCCUCGCGCUGGCCCCCUUCCCGAGCCCGCCCUUCGAAUGUGAACAGACGUCGGACUACCAGAGCCCGGGCGACGGCCGGGACCUGUCGGGCCCGGCGCCGGGCGGCGGCCUCCCGCGCUCGGCCAGCGCGGGCCUGGCGCGGGGCCUGCAGCUCAUCCUGGCGCCGGGCGAACUGGGCGCCCAGGCGCUCUACGCGUUCAGCCCCGCGCCGACGCCGGCGCCCGGGAGCCCGGGAGACGGCCCGGCGGCCCCGCGCGGCCUGGCGCCCCCAGGGGCGGUGGGCGCGGCCCGGCCGGCGGCCCCCGCCACCCUGCAGAUCCCGGCCGCGCUGCCGGUGCUCGGGCCGCUGCCCCACGGCCCCGCCGGAGCCCCGGAGGCGCUCCCCGAGCUCAGCGCCCGCCCGGCGGCCGCCAAGGACCGCCUCCCGGCCAAGGAGCGCUCCCUGCGCCAGAGCCUGGACCUGGGCGGGGCGGCCCUGCUGUCGGUCCGGCCCGCGGUGCCCCAGGACCCGGGCCGCUCGGUGUCGGCGCAGAACCUGGCCCGGUCCACCGAGGACCUGGACGUGCAGCUGUCGGGGAGCGAGUCCAGCGGCUCCAGGGGCAGCCAAGAGUUUUACCCCAAGUGGCGGGAAUCCAAGUUGUUUAUCAGUGAUGAAGAGGCAGCGGGUCCGGAGGACACUGGGACAGACGCCUUGGACGCGGUGCCGCCGGCCCGGGAGCCCGCCCCGGCGCCGGACUCUCUCAGGACUGGACGGUCGCGAUCAUCUCAGAGCUCAUGUCCGGCGGCGGGGGGCGCCGACGCCCUGGGCCGGCCACACGUGAGGCUGAAAUGAGGCCUCCGAUUGCCCCCCACCCCCGGGCCCGGCCGCCCCUUAGCCAUACACAUCGCUGCAUGAACUCUCUGGAAAGCCCUUCUCAAAGGUUGAACCCACAAAAAUCAGGAAGUACAUGAAAGGCAGUUCCUAAGCCUGUUAUCUUUCAAUUGCAUGAAAAUGCAUGUUUAGGGGAUGCUGAACUUCAGGGUACGACAUUGCCCCUCACUCAGUAAGGUACCUUGAGUUAAGAAUCCCGAGACACCGACCCUGCUCAUGCUGCAGGGGUGGUUGUGAAACGUCAAAGUCAGCUCCGUUAGAAGAUCGAACUCUGUGUCUUGAAAUGAUGGCUGUUGACGCCUUCAAAUGUCAGGCAUUUCUGCUGGUGAUAAAACGCAGCAUUCAUUUUCAAAAUUUGGCCAUAAUGUACAUGUGACACAGUGACCGUCAUCAACAGCUGCUAACAAGUUACCCGUAACACAGAAUCGGGGUAUCAGACACGGCUGCCUGUUCAAGGUGUAGAUGCCAACCUGUCCUACCCAGCCAUUUUAUCACUAAUGUAAUUUGAAUGUCAAGUUGUGUGCUUUUGGUGACUUAACGCUGUGGCCAGCAAUUUUGCACAUCAUUUUCAUGGUUUUUUUGUUUUGUUUUGUUUUUUAUGACAAGAAUGUUCUUCAGUUAGAAAAUGUGCGAAUAAUGAAAUUCAGGGCCAGUGGGGUGGAUAGGCUGACUCUUUGACACCUUUGACUUCAUGGAAACAAAUUCCCUGACGGCUCUAUCAGCUGCUACGCAAAGCAACUGAGUCCCAAGGAGUGGAUGGCACAUGGGGGUGACCCCUGUGCAGUGGCCCUGCCCAGGCCUGCAAGCUGCCUACAGAAGGCCUGUGAGGGGCUCUUCCCACGAGGCUGAAAGCCAGGCAGGCUCUCGGGGAGGAGACAUGAGACAGAGAUGGAAAUGGCUCAGAAAGAAUCCUAACACCGGGAAAUCAGUGAUGCUCAAGAAAAUGACCUCCUCCUCCAGGGUGAUGAGAGGGAGGGAAACAAACCAAAAGAAAAGAACUUGAUUUUUUUAAGAAACAAAUAUUGUUAGGGAAUUCAACUACCUAAACACCCCUUAUUCUUAUAUAUGAGCAGAGAGUUUUGCAAGGUAUUUAUUUUUUAAUAUGCCCUGAAUGUGUUUUGCUAUCAUGUCAUACAUUUUGCAUAUGAAAGGCUGAUACUAAACCUCCUUUACUUUUUAUACUGUAGCGGACAUUUUCUAUUCUCCCCAAGAAUGUUGCCUGCCCCCGCUCUGAAAAAUGGUUGAUUCAGUUUCCUGGUACAAGCUCAUAUAGUCAGAAGCCAGGUAACCCUGGCAGGGUCUGCAAAUCAAAACACUGAAUAAUACAGCAUGGUGGCCAAAAAGACCAAGGGAAACAAAUUAAGAAAUAUCUCUACCAGAAAGCAAGCCAAGCUGACCACUUGUUAGCAACCCCAGACCGUCAGAAUUUCAGCUAAGGUAACAGCACCACCCAAGGGCCAGGGGAAGUGAGAAAGCAGGUGGAUUAAACUCCAGCCACAGGAAAACUUAAAAAAAGUUUUCUCCUUGCCUGAUAUUGCUGCCUCCAGGAUAACUUUUCCAGCAGCCAGGGGAUGGAUCAGGGCUGUCAACAGCCACCCAAAGGCAAGACAAGGCCCUGACACCCGCCGAGUCCCUCCCAAACUCUCUUCCCCAACUUGCUUUCUCCACCCCAGACCCCCUGUUUUUCUCCUCCACAGGCUGUGGGCUUCCUGCUUCCCUUCACCAGCCUCCCUCCCCCAAGUAAGCAACUUCUCCACUCCACCUCCAAUACACAUCUCAACCCUUGUCCUUUUUUGAUAAGCACUGAAAUUUGGAAGGAUUCCUCCUCUCAUUCCACCUGGAUCCUCGCACACGCUCCUGGCAUGCAACCUUCAGGGUCCACUUGGCUGCCGGAGACGCGCAGAAGAGAGCGCAUCCAUUUUACACUCCGGUUUGAAAGAUGUUCUCAAACUCUUUAAGCCACUUCUUUUAUUUCAAAACAUAAAAGUUUUGUCAAAUUAUUAAAUGCAGCAUUUCAUCUAGCCAUGUCUCCAAAUUUGUGAUCCAUCUUCCCAAGGAGGUUGUACACGAGAACACAGACACACACACACACACAGACACACACACACACACAGACACACACACACACACAGACACACACACACAGACACACACACACACACACACACACACCCUCACCAUGCCAGCAGGCCAUCUCCAGGUAUCACUUGAAGAAGAGGAAGGAACUUUCAGGUAGCACUGAGUCUCAGACACACUCUGUCCGGGUCAAACCCCACUGGCAGCAGGAACUCUGAAUGUACUGAGGACCCCGCCUUAGGCCCCGUUAGGCCUCAGACACAGCCCAGUCCAUCUGGCAUCGCUGAAGAUGGAAGAUUCAGAAACAAACCCAAACCCAUUACCAACGGUUCAUCACAGCCCGAUGUGGUAAACCAUGCUGGGAGAAGCAUUCACACACCCAAGCCAUGACCAUUUUGUGUCUGUCUUACUCCAGCACAACACUUCUUGGAUGUCGAAAGCCUGUUAUAUUGUGUGAAGCUGUAGGGCUGUGUCUGCUGUGUUCCUGUCAGGGGAGCUGAGAGGGGUCUCUCCCUUACACUUAGCAAAGCCCCUUCCGUCAGCCCCAGACAGUGUCUCGAAGCACAAUUAGCUGAGUGCUGAUUGACCCCUGGCUUUCUCAGGCCACGGCCAUCUGCCACCUCCGGUACGUAGGGUUGAGCAAGCUAGCCCUUCAUGGCAAACAUCCCUUCUACGAGGUUCACUAAAAAAAUUUUGCUCCGUCUGAUCUAAAUGUUUGCAUUUUGUUCAAUUAAAUUAACAUCUGUAGAUAGCAAGUUUUGUUUAAAGUAAAAGACACUCGAUUGAGUUUUUCAGUCUUUCUCUCUUGUUCUAAGGUGCCUUUCUCACCUCCCCUUGACUCAGUGAUUCUGAAAGUUCUUAAUUGGCCAGAAAACAAGUCUCACAGAGAGGAGGAAAUCAGGCACAAAGUGACUCAUUCUCAUGCCUGUGUGCAAAGCAAAACCAUAAGGAAUGAUGAAAUUGAGCAACGAAAUGAAUAGGUCACUUCAUCCAGAUUGAGAAAAUACAAUAAAUGUUAACUUAUCUCCCCAGAAGCUGAUAUUUUUUGCCUUAAAAUGACAUGGUUGUGUUUUUGUAAGAGAAACUUAAUUUAAUUAUGUACAUUUAAGUGAGCAGUUCUGGAAGUCACAUAUGACAAUGCAGUUGUCUUGUUUCCUGAAAACAAAUAAAUCAGGAAUAUCGUAUCCAUUUCAAGCUACCAUUCAAAUGUAAUUUCCUUUGCUCUCUUUUACCAGGAUUAUUUGUUUUAAAGUAAAACAUUAAAAAGAUAUCUAUAAACA